AUGCCUUGUCCCUCGGGGAAAGAUCGUCUUAACUUACUGGGUGGUGUCAAACCUGUAAAUAAUCUUAAUGGAAGCAAGCAGAACUCCUCGCGCCCUGUGCAAUCGUUACCCACACGCCGCCCUUCAGUCUCGUUAACUGCGCCACCACCGAAACGCCAGAAAGUCGAAGAGUACAAUGCACACACCCAGGCCCAGUUCGUCCUUGCAUUUGACCACGAUGGGGCUGCUGACCGUCCCAAACCGCGCAAACGUUCCCUUGACAACCACAGCGAGUCUCAAUAUACCGUUAUAUCACAAUCGUCCACCAAAGGAGCGCCUUCGACCAGAGCGAAAGUCCCCGAAUUUCGAUCCUCGGAGAGUUACGUGAGACCGUCGCCUAAGAAGAGGCCCCGACAUAACACUCCAAAGCAGCAUGUAGGACAACUAGAUAGAGGGGUUGUCACCGGGACUCCUUUGCUAAAGUCCGAUAUUGAGGACAGCGACGGUGAUGUAGAGAUCAUCGGGGCAGAGGUCAUGGUAACCCCUCAAACACACCAAACUCAAGGGGUACGGUACUCUAUCGAGGACGUUGGGAAGCGCUUCAAGACAACGUCUGGUGCCCAGAAGAUGGAGGAAAUCAUUGAUAUUGCGAUGCUGAAGGAGAACGGAUCGAAUGACCAGGUUUCUAGCCCGGAUGAGCUGGCACCAGAAACGCAAGACAUGAGAGAAAAGAUGCCAACGAAGCGAUCUGCUUUAUCCCCGAGUUUGUCCAAAAAGGGUGAUAUUCCGCGAACGAAAUUCACCCCGCCGUCUCGUACUAGACUACAGGACCCGGAGAGAGGGCUUAACGAAUCGGAUCGUGCUACGAAAAUCAUUGACUUGCCUCUUCGUGUCGUUCGGGCUGUAUCGGGCGGUCAAAAAUAUGAAGAAGACAGAACGGACGGCGCGAAUAGAUGUUUCCUAAAUUUACGAGAGAUGAGCUACAUACUCCAUCCGGAGAAUUCAGAAGGUCAACUUAUGAAAGACUAUGCAUAUCUUACAGUCAAUCUUCAAAAGGCCCGGAGGCUUCAUGCCCCAUCACAACCCAGUUGUCGUGUGGUCUCUAUUGAGCGUGCCAUCGACGGUUCAAUAAGCGGGGGCCAAAAGCUAUUGAUCGAAUUCUCGUCUCCUAAGGACUUUAGAAAGUUCGUUAAUUGGGCAAGAGACACUGCGUCGCAUUGUCUGGUGGAUGAAUCUAUACCUCGGGAUCGCCUUGAGAAGGAGCUUGAAAACUUGAUGCGGACCGCUAUCAACCGCGCUGUUAUUAGAGACGACAUGUCAAAGGGAGAUGAUGUGAAAUUAAUCGAGCACAACCGCGCAAAUGCAUCUCAGGCAAGGGUUACCAACCUACCGCGCGCCCCAGCUCCCCGAGAGAAGUUAAAGGACACGAUGAUGCCUCAUUCUGCAUCUCAGUUAAACUCCAAGACAACGGUCAUAUCAGAUGAUCCUCAGCCCUAUAAUAUUCGACGACAGCCCCAUAGAACUCGCUCUACAUUUGCAUUGGAAGGCCCCAGUUCGGAAUCCGAGUCCUCUGAACCUGAAUGUUGGACAACCCAGCAUAUAGGCUGGGAGAGAGAUUGGCGCAAUUCCAUCGUCUUUCCCUUUCAUGGCAAGAGUAGAGCUACCGUCGACAAGGAAGAUAUUCCUCGAUUAGACGAGGGUCAGUUUCUAAACGAUAAUCUAAUUAUUUUUUAUCUGCGUUAUCUCCAACAUACGUUGGAGGCAGAAAGGCCAGAUCUUGCUCAAAGGAUCUAUUUCCAGAACACAUAUUUUUAUGAAAAGCUCAAGACUACGAGGACGGCUCAAGGUAUCAACUAUGAUAGUGUCAAAGCAUGGACUUCUAAAGUCGACCUCUUCGCGAAAGAUUAUAUUAUCGUCCCAAUCAAUGAAUUUGCUCAUUGGUAUGUCGCAAUCAUCUAUAACGCACCGAAACUGCUCCCUUCUCCGGGAAAGACGGAAAGUACCGCUAAGAACACGAUCAUUAUCGAAGAGGAUAUCGACGAUUCCAGAGAAGCCUCCCGUGAGGUUUCUAGCACCCCUGAUAAUAGGAAAUCAGCAGAUGAGCUCAGAAGCCUUGAAGCGGUGAGACCUAAAGUACAGAGCGAUAUCACGAAUCACUUUAGCCGUAUGUCAAUCGAAAGCCCGGAUUUUCCAAAUGGUAUCGCUAAACAGAUAAUAGCUCGGGAGCCAGAAAAUCAGAAGACGGAUACACAGCCACCCAGCUGUAAACAAGGAACCACAGAUGUGCAGCCCAAUGGUAUCAAGGGGGAUAUAGAGCAUAUUGUGCCAUCGAAUGACAACCUCCAGCGGAAGAAGACAACGAAAGGAUACGGCGUGGGCACUAGGAAAAAUAGCCCGGACCAGCCAAAAAUUAUCACGCUCGAUUCAUUAGGAUUGGCCCAUUCUCCAGCUUGCAGCUGUCUAAAACAGUAUUUAAUUGCAGAGCUCAAGGAUAAGAAAGGCAUUGAAAUACCAAAUCCUGGGGCCUUGGGUAUGACUGCUAAGGAGGUCCCCCAGCAAACAAAUCACUGCGACUGCGGACUCUAUCUGCUAGGAUACAUAAGAGAGUUCCUCAAAGAUCCCGACGGGUUUAUUCGUAACAUCCUCCUACAUAAACCCAUUGCCUGGAAUCUAAAUCCAUCGGAGCUCCGAAACGAUAUUAGAGACUUGAUUUUUGAUCUUCAGAAAGAGCAGCAACGUCGAGAAGAUCUUCAUAAAGAAGAGAAACGCAACAAAUCCGAGUCGCUAAAGAAGAAAAUUAGAGGUCCAAUAGAUGAGCAACCCCUCAAACAACUGGCGAAGGAGCAGGAUAUCAACGGAGGUGCGUCUGGGCCACAAAAGGAGGAGGAUAUCCCCCAAAAAAUACCCAAGGAGAACAGCAUGGCCAAGCCUAAACCGAGAUCGCCUACCCCCGAGGUCUCUCUAGGAACCAGACCUGUUUCUAAUUCGGAAAAUCGGCCUGUUCCUGGUUCAUUUCCUCAGUCCCCGGCUGCGGCCAGCACUAAUAUAAGCGUGCCUAAUGUGAGCAACCCUGAACAAGUCAAGACUCUGAAGUUCAUCUCGCCACUCCCUGAAUCCCCCUGUGGCUCUUCACCGGAAAGUCCUGUAGUUGUUGACGGUCCGGAAGUCCUCCAAGGACAAGGACGGAGCGCAAAUCAUAUCCAUGGCGAUUUCAACCGAGCCAACUUACCAGAAGAGCCAGUUAAAGAAAUCCAAGGGACCUACCAAAAUCACGACAGACCGGCCGAUCAAUCCCGGGAUCAAGAGAAGAUAACAGUAAGUCGCUACUUCGCCGGCCGGCAACCCGGCGAUAAGAUGGUCUCGGCCAAAUUACGCGAAGAGCCGCUUCACUCGGAUGUUAUCGAUAUUUCGGAUUGA